AUGGACGAUCCAACUACUAUUUCGAAGAAGAAAAUGAACAUUUUCAGCCUUCCUGGCGAGCUGCGAAAUCGAAUAUACCAACACCUCGUCCUCCGCGAUGCGCCCAUCAACGUCGUCGAACUCAAGUGGACCAAGGAUCGAACCGGAUAUCUUCCAGCCUUGAUCCCACAGCCUGCUCUUGCACAGACCUGCAAGACACUACGACAAGAAGUGUUGUCUCUCUACUGCGCCGAGAACAGGUUCCAAGUUGGUGUUACAUCUGGAGGCCAUCAGCUCUGCAUGACUGAAGUAUCCGAGUCCCUGGAACGAUGGGCGUCUUGGUUGGGUCAGGCUGCGAAGCAUCUACGACAAGUCACCAUAUCGGCCAACUGCGAGAUCAUGGGUCCGAAAAAUGCUGCGUACUGGCUGAGAGACUUCUGGGAGAUCAUCGAGUUCUCGAUUCGAAUGGAUGGUACAGAUGGCCUUCAAUACCAUUUGCGAGGCGAUCCAUCAUUCAACGACCUCUGUACAUGCGAACUGGAUCGAUGGGUCGCGGACACAUCCCCAACGUUGAUGGAGGUCGUGCUACAGGCGAGCAUACUCUGGUUCAACACGACGGACCUGAAGGAAUGCGAAGUCUGCAACCGACCUUGCCUGCGCGAACCCGCCAAGGUAAACGACCACAUCUACAUCUCCUGA